AUGAACUGCAGCCUGCCAGCCAGCGUGCUGCUCAGCUACGUGAUGGAGAGACAGCAGGACAGGUUGUGCCUACAGUCUCUUUGGGACUUUGUCACAGCGAAGGAGCCAUUGAUCAAGUCACCGUUUUUUCCAGUGCUGUUUUCUUUUACAGCAUACAUGGCAUUCUGUCUGCCAUAUAUUGCACUGGACUUUUUAAGCAUCAGACUGCCAAACUUGAGAAAAUACAAAAUCCAGCCACAGAGCUAUCCAACUCUUGGAAUGAUGGUGCCUUGCAUUAUUCAGAGUGCGUAUCACCAUGCCGUUUUGAUCUUCCCAGUGACAUUUCUACACUGGUACUGGAGACCAAUGAAUCUACCAGUGAUAGCUCCAGAGCUGCCUGAGGUCCUGCUGCAAGUAACACUUUGCCUGCUGCUAUUUGAUUUUGAGUACUUCCUAUGGCAUUUGCUUCAUCACAAGGUGCCUUGGCUCUACAAGACCUUCCACAAGGUGCAUCACAAGCAUGUGUCAACAUUUGCUCUUACUACACAGUAUUCCAGUGUAUGGGAAUUACUCUCACUGGGAUUUUUUGCUGCUAUUAACCCACUGCUCCUUGGAUGCCAUCCUUUGACAGAAAUUAUUUUCUUCCUGGUAAAUAUUUGGUUGUCAGUGGAGGACCAUUCAGGAUAUGACCUUCCAUGGUCAACUCAUCGACUUGUGCCGUUUGGUUUGUAUGGAGGAGCACCACAUCAUGAUCUCCAUCAUCUGAAAUUCAAAUCAAACUAUGCUCCUUACUUCACCCAUUGGGACAAACUCUUUGGGACAUUCAUGGAAUCACAUUCUAACUAAGGAUAUUUAACUGUGGACGAACUCUUACUUUUUAUAGACUAAACUGGGACAUUAUUUUUUAAAAGACAUACAGAAGAUUGUAUAUUUGAAGCUGCGUAUAAAAGCAAAACUAUUUAUAACAAAUCUUCUUAAUAUAUGUGUAUUUGUAUGUGUACUUGGAACUGUCUGUGUUAAAUGACUGCAAAUGGGAAGGUGAAUGCUUAAAUCUAAGUCAGAGGUUUAAGGGAAGCAUUAAGAGACAUUCUCUUUUCUUUCCUUCUUUCCAGCUUUCAUAAAGCAUGUAUCAUAUUACUGUAUGAUGUUUUAUACAUACGCCAGAACAAUUAUCUUACUGAAGUAGGAUGAUUUAUGAUGUAAACAGAAAAGGUACACAUUGUGGAUUGUGUGGAGUUUAAUCUGCCAGAGCAUAUUAUUGAGCAAUGAUGUUGUAAAAUAUUGCUGCCAAACCAGGGUAGUUGGCUAACUGUGCAAUAAUUUUGAUAUUUCUAUUUUAAACCUUGAUGUACUAUCUAUUUUUAAUAGAGAAUAAAUAUAUUCA